ACCAACGCAAUUUUUAUAAUAGUAUUUUUUUAUUUUGGUUUUCUGAUUUUUUAAAUAUAUCAUUGUUCGUGACCGUUCUUAACUUUUAUUUUGUUACAUGCAAACAUGAUUUAAACGAGUUAUACAUUUAACAAUUAAUAUAUAUAUUUUCUCUGUAAAGUAUAUAUUUCUAUGGUUAAUUAAAAAGGUUUUAUAUAAAUAUUAUAAUUAAUUACAAUCGAUAAGAUAUCUGAAAAAUAAAAUGCACAGAACAAAUAUGCAUAAAAUGUGCUAACAAAUAUCCUUUUUGACUGUUUAACAUAUGAACAUGAUUCAAUCAGGAGUAUAAUAAAAUUAUUUUAAGCAAUUUUGUUCCAUUGCAUAAUUUUAAAUAAAACAAUCGAGAUUUAAAUAUUAACAAACGUUUAAUUAAAUAGAAAUAUUUCUUCUUCUAGAUAAAUUUUAGUUAUUCCCUACAUGUAAUUACAAAAUGUAAAUCGAUGCAGCUAAAAGAAUAAAUUCCACGAUAACUUCACAUUUUUCCUGUGAACAUGCUGCAUUCACGAUUCAUAGGGAUGAAUGUUUAAUAGGUUUGACAAAUCUGCUCGGCUUCAUUUUACAAUAAUCUUAUUUGUAUGUAACUUUAUAAUAUUAAAAUAAUUUUACGUAAAUUUCUCGAGUAUGCGUGUCGAAGGAAAGCAAACCGUCCAAAUUAUAGGUGCUCCCUGCAAAUUGGAUGUCAUUAGUUCUACUGUUAAACAUGAACAGAAACCAGACAAUUCUGGCUUGUACAGAAAAAUCUCGGACAAGCCCAAGUGUUCUAGCAGAAAGGAUUUGUCUCUUCAAUCGAUAGGUACAAUAAUUAGUACGGAAGUUCUGAAUACAUCAAGUGAGACUGAAAAUUUGAAUGCUGAAAAAUACGAUACAUCCACAUCUGAAAGCAAUGUAAUUCAACAAUUUGAACGAGUCUCGUGGAAAUAUAAAAAUCCAUAUAGCGUUUCUAUCAGUAAUCACAUAAAUUAUGAAAAAUCCAUUCACACAUUAGAGAACAUUCUUAAGGACGAGCCUCAGGAAGGAAAAAUAAAGCAAAGUAUUCUCUCCAAUUGUCGAGAGUAUUUAGGUACCUAUCAGGAAUUUUGUGAUACACCGCGUACCGAAUAUACCUUCGCUGCUCUGAUCGUAGUAAUGACUCAGGCUAUGGCACGAUCUUUGUUGGCACUAAUAUAUGUGAUCAUUAACGUUGCUCCUGUUAUCCAGAUGUUUUUCUUCAUAUUGAGAUUCGUGUUAGACAAAAUAAUCGAUAUGUACAGAACCAAGAAUUUUCGGCAAGUAAUGGUGAAACUCAUUAUUUUCAUUAUACAAUUGCUCAGUGUAUACGUUUUCCUUAUAUUUAUACUUAGCCAUAUCAUUUUGCCAAUCGUACAAAUGACAAUUAGUAUUGCAACUAAAUUCGCGACGCGGAAUUAAAUUAGUUUCGUAAAAUGCAAAUAAAAGUUAUGAUGGCGCUAUCCU